AUGGCGGAUGAAGACGAGCCUUUGCUGGGCAAUGCCCCCGCGUCUCGACGCGCCGUUUCGAAAUAUCUGCGCGAAGAGAUAGAUACACGUCGAGGCGAUUUGCUUCUCCUCAUUUGCUAUAUCAUCACUGGACUCCUUGACAGCUCGGCAGUGUUCAUUUGGGGCAGCUUCGUGUCAAUGCAAACUGGAAAUACGGUCUACUUUGGCCUUGGCCUUGUUGGAACGGACGAUGACCGAUGGAUCAAGUCCGGUGUCUCCAUUUGCGGAUUCUGCCUUGGAUCGCUGUUCUUUUCCACAUAUCAUCGCUAUUUUUCGCCACGUCUGCGCUGGGUGAUUACAGUUUCAUUCUUCAUACAAAUGCUGUGUAUAAUGGUGGCUGCGACGAUUGUUACCGUUUAUCGUCCUGCGCGUGACGCGCCUUUGAGUUGGUUGAUCCUGGUCCCUGUUGCUCUGGUAGCAUUCCAGAGCAGUGGACAGGCCGUCGCGAGUCGUGUCUUGAAAUACAAUGGCUUGACCAGUGUUGUCCUGACCAGUAUUUAUUGCGACCUUUUUUCACAUGAAGAUCUUUUGUCUCUUAAGAUUUUUCGCAAUGAGGAGGAAAUGCGUCGACUGGGUGCCGUGAUCUGUCUACUUGUUGGAGUUGUGCUCGGUGGUCUGUGGGCACAUAGCUCGAUUGGCAUGAUGGGAGCUCUUUGGAUGGCUGCUAUCCUGAAGGGUCUCAUUAUCUUGGCUUGGCUUUCAUGGAAGGGAAAGAAUGACUGA